UAUCUAUUACGGGAGCCGCUCCCUGCCGCCGCCGCCGCCACCCGCCGCGAACGACGCGCCUUCCCGACGCCGAUCGAGCGCACUCCUCCCUGCUAUAUUUGGGUACACGGUGUAGUCCGAUCUGUUUCAUCGAUUAACCUUGCUCGAUUGAUUGAUCCCGUCCCCUCCUUUGAUCUGAGAUUCAGAAUUACUUCUUGUGUUAUUGUCAUCUACAAAAGGUGCAGGCAACGUGCUCGACGGAAUGCUGACCACGAGCGACAUGGCGUCGGCCGCCGGCGGUGCCAGCGGCAAGGACUGGUUUGACUGCCUCCCCGAUGAUCUAGUGCACCACGUCCUGUCCUUCUUGCCAGCGCUGGACGCCGUCCGCACCAGCGUUCUGUCGCGGAGGUGGCGCGACUUCUGGGUCUCCAUGCCUCGCCUCAACGUCGACGUAGGUGACUUCCGCGACGACGGUCAGUUCGAGAAUUUCACGGUCCACGCGUUGCCUCUCUUGGACAGCAGCGUGCCCUUGCGCUCUCUCCGUCUCCGUUCUUCCCUACACUACCUUUCUGCCUUGUGGGUCAACCAUGCUGUCAAGCGCAAGGUUGCUGUGCUUGAGUACUCUGGGCGUGCGGAACUGUGUAGCUCUGUUGAUGCCAGCCUCAGCUUGGCUUCUUCAUAUCUGACUAAGGUGGUGCUCAAACAUUUUGAUUUUGAUUAUGGCCAGUUUUGGCCAUUGAUCGAUGCAUGCCCUGCCCUGGAAAAUCUGGAGCUUUUGGAUGUUUGGACCUUCUACUCAGUAACGAUCUCGUCAAGUUCACUCAAGCAUCUGCGGAUCGUCAGCUGUUUAUUUUACAAUGGAUUCCGGAUCAAUGCUCCAAAUCUUCUCACAAUGUGCCUUGACGAUGUAAAUGUCAAUGGUCCUUUGGGACAUGAUUCUUUGGUCUUGGAGAACUUGUCAUCCUUAAUGACUGCUUCAGUCAGUGUAUACCAUUGUUUCUAUCCUAAACAUUAUGUCAAAACUGAGCUGCAUUUUUUUCAUGGCCUUUCACAUGCUAGAAACCUAAAAUUGAUAGCUCCACUAUAUGAGGCUCUGUUUGAGGAGGGCUUACCAACAUGCCCGGUCUUUAACAACUUAAAAUGCUUGGUACUUGGUGACUGGUGCAUGGCUUUUGACCUUUAUCCACUACGUUGUAUCCUUAGGCAGUCACCAAUGUUAGAGGAGCUCUGUGUGGAACUUGGGGAGGUACAUAAUUGUUUCUGCAUCUUACUCCAGAACCGUGCAAGGGCAACAAACCAAUGCUUGUUUGUGAUAUAUGGAGGAGUGUGAGAAUUGCAAGAACAGAAAACCAGCUUUCUCAUAUGGGGAAAUAUCACCAUUUUGGUGUGAUCGCCUGAAGACCAUCAAAAUCAAAUGUACCGAACAUGAUGAGAGAUUUGUCGCUUUGCUGCAACUGUUUUGCAAGAUCUUAGUCUGUAUUGAGGAAGUUGACAUAGAUAGGCAGUGGGUUAGUGCUCAGCCUCCCGAUUCGUCUGAGCUUUGAAGGCCACAGAAAAACCUGGCAAAUGUCUAAUGAUUUGUAUCCUUAUCAUCUACUCCCCCGUCCAAAAAAACUAAAUCUCGUACUAGAUAUUGGUACGUUGUCCAGAUUCAUAAUAUUAUAAUAUGUCAACGUCUAAUAUGAGGUUUAGUUUUUUUAGACGGAGGGAGUAGUACACAACCUUGAUAGCACUGGCAGGAGUUCGUGCUACCUUGCGGGCUUGUGAUAUCUAUUUUGUUGCCAUGGAGAUGCCUGGCGCCAUGAUAAUUAAGACUUUCGUUUGAUUUAUGAACCAAAGUGAUUUAUAUGAUAA